AUGAACAAGCGAACUCCACUAUGGAUGGAAAUAGGGGAAGAGAAGGAGGGGAUAAGAGAGAAGGACAUGGUGAGAGAGAAAGAGGAGGGGAAGAUCAGUUAUGGCGCAACGCAUUCCGUGCUCAGCGACAGACGAGUUUAUCCAACGUUUUUCCGAACAGUUCAAAAUGACCAUGUCAGUUAUUAUAUUUUAUCCAAGCUGCUGAAACACUUUGGCUGGAACUGGGUCGGCAUUUUAACCACAGAUGAUGAAAGUGGAGACAACGAAAGCCAAUCUUUCUCUGAUGUAUUUAACGGGACUCUGACACUGAAACCGUAUUACAGCGACCAUGUUCCAAAACUUUCAUUCUUCCUUGAGAAAUUUCACCCAAAGAACUACCCAGAUGACAAGUUACUGGAAGAUUUGUGGAUAACAGCGUUUGAAUGCUUGUCUCCAGAUCCCUAUAAAAACCAGUAUUAUGAAAUUCAUUUUGGGAUGUCACUUCGUAACUGUACUGGGAGAGAACGCUUGGAAGACAUUGUUAACGUCAUCAGCAACGGGGAUGCUUCUCGAGUGAAUAAUGCAGUGCUUGUGAUGGCCAAAGCCCUACACAAUAUGAACAUAUUUCAGGAAAAAAAAGUUUAUGGAAAUGAAAUCAAAAUAACUAAUUACAAACAUCGGUUGCACCAUUACAUAAGAAAUCUGAAAGCCGAGGACCAAUCCUCUCAUCUAUAUUUUGAUGAAAAUGGAGAGUAUGUUACCCUACACAUAAUUCGGAACUGGAUUGGAAAUAAGGAAGAAGUUAAAUCCUUUAAAGUGGUCGGUGUCUUUGAUCCGUGGGCUCCGGCUGAUCAGCAGCUUAACAUCAAUCCCGGUCUAAUAACCUGGAAGAACGAAGCCAACCAGGUCAUGUAUGGAGUGACCGGUUUGGGUAAAGUGGCGCCCAACUGGGGUGCAAAAGUUUUCUUCAUCAUGAUGGUUGAUGGAGUAUCUGUGCAGAUUCAUCCUUUCAUUCCGUCGCUGGCCGGUCUCACCGAUCAUUGGCUGCAGAUCCUUGAUGAUUUUUUGGAUUUCUGUAAUGCCUCGACGUCGAUAUCUGAGAUCCGGAGCCCAGCACCGGCCUGUCAUCUGCAAGUCAUCGAACCAUUUGAAGACUAUGAGUAUUUUAAAGAUGGGGACCUUAUAAUUGGAGGAGUUCUCACAGUGAAUAGUCAUAUGAGGAAUUUUUCUUUUUCUGGACAGGAUCAUUUUUCUCCCCAAAUAGUCUGUGUCAUCCUCAUGGAUUACAUCAAUUUACUGGUCUUUCUUUUCGCCAUUGAAACAUUGAACAACGACCCAAACGUUUUACCAAAUAUUACCCUGGGUUAUCAUAUAUAUGAUUCCUGUUUAGAUAAAAGAAAAGCUGUGAAAAGCAUUCUUCAGAUUUUGUCUGGCCGCGGCAUGACCGUCCCUAAUUACUCUUGUGCGAAUUCUAACAACGUGGCUGGAUUUAUUGGCGAUCACCAUUCUACUACUACCAUUCCCAUAGCACAGUUACUAGGGGUGUAUGGAUACGCACAGAUCAGUUAUGGAGCGACAGACUAUGCACUGAGUGAUAGACGUGUUUAUCCGCAUUUCUUCCGCUCUGUUCAAAAUUAUCUUGUCUAUAAUAAAAUUAUAUUGAAGAUUCUAAAACAUUUCGGAUGGACCUGGGUGGGAAUUCUCACGGUUGAUGAUGACACCGGAGAGACAGAGAGUCAGGCUCUGAGAGCGUAUCUGACCAGUUAUGGAAUUUAUGGUCAGCAGCUAAUCAUUGACUCGCAUUUAGCAAUAUGGAGGAACAAAGACAACCAGAUUCCAAGGUCUCAGUGUUCAGAGAACUGUUUGCCUGGAUAUCGAAAAGUCCUGAAACCUGGAACACAAAUCUGCUGCUACGACUGUGUCCGGUGCUCAGAGGGAGAGAUAUCCAACAGAUCUGACAGUGAAAACUGCAUUGUUUGUCCAAGAGAUAAAUGGUCUAAUGAGAAAAGGGAUCGAUGUAUUCCAAAAUCGGUGGAGUUUCUAUCAUAUUUGGAUGCAGUUGCUGCAGUUUUAUCCUUUGCAUCAAUUCUGUUUUGUCUUGUAACUGUUGUAAUAUUACUGAUCUUCAUUGACUUCAGAGAUACCCCAAUUGUGAAAGCCAAUAACAAGAACCUCAGCUUCCUCCUCUUGGUCUCCAUCAUGCUGAGCCUCCUCUGUGUGUUUCUGUUCCUCGGUCGUCCUGAGGAUGUAACCUGCAUGCUGCGCCAAACAGCUUUUGGAGUCCUCUUCUCAUUAGCCGUGUCUUGUAUUUUAAGCAAAACAAUCAUGAUCUAUAUUGUUUUCAGAGCCGUGAAACCCGGCAGCUCCUGGGCAAACUGGGUCAGUGUGAAAGUCUCCAAUUCUAUAGUACUGCUCUGCUCAUCCAUUCAAGUUAUCAUUAAUAUUUCCUGGUUGGCCAUUUCCCCCCCAUUCCAGGAGCUGGACAUGCGCUCUUAUCAGGGAAAGAUCAUCGUUCAGUGUAAUGAGGGCUCGGUUAUCGCCUUCUACUGUGUCCUGGGUUAUAUGGGGCUUCUGGCAGCUGUUAGUUUUAUUAUAGCUUUUUUAGCCAGGACAUUACCGGACAGUUUUAAUGAGGCCAAGUACAUCACCUUCAGCAUGCUGGUGUUCUGCAGCGUUUGGAUUGCGAUGAUCCCGGCCUAUCUGAGCACCAAAGGGAAGAACAUGGUGGCCGUAGAGAUUUUUGCCAUACUGGCUUCAUGUGCCGGACUUGUAGGAUGUAUAUUUAUUCCAAAAUGCUAUGUAAUUCUUUUUAGACAGGAAUUGAAUACAAAAACAUAUUUACUUGGAAGUAGAAUUAAAGGUUUAACCAAAUAG